AAAUUUGUGUGUUUUCAGUGUUUGCUAUAGCUUGAUAUAUAACCAACGGGAUAAUAUCGUGGAACAUAGGUACUCGUUUGCCGGGCAUAGAGAUAUUGUCUUGGGCCCUCAAACAUGAAGCUCUCAAUAGUCUUUGCCGUAGUGGUUUGCGCUUUAGCUCAUGGAGCUAAGGCAGGUGAAACUGAAGAUAUCAACUACAACAAUGGACCGACAGAGACGGAAACCAUCACAAGAACUAGCUCCAACAGUGGAAGCAGAUCCAGCAGUAGUUUCGAGAGUUCUUCCAGAUCUUCGGAAUCAUACCUAAAUGCUCAAGUAAAUGCUUAUAAUAUAAACCAAAAUAUUAACGAACAAAUAGCUCAGCAGCAAAGGGAACAAGAUGAGCAAAACAAGAAUAUACAAGAAGAGAAUGACAGAAUUUUUGAAGAAAACAGAAGAAAGAGUUUACGUGGUUUCAAAAGUGAGUCAACUAGCGAAAGUAGCUCUAGCUCAAGUCAAUCUUUUGAAAGUGAAGCCCAAAGCCAGAUAAUUAGAGAAAACAGUGAUAGGAUUUACGAAGAAAACAGAGAAAGGAGCUUAGGUGUUUCCAACAGCCAGUCCUCUAGCGAGAUUAGUUCGUCUAGCUCAAAUCAAUCAUUUGAAAGUGAUGCGCAGAGCCAGAUAAUCCGAGAAGAAGCUGAUAGGAUUUACGAAGAAAACAGAGAAAAGAGCUUAGGUAUCUACGGAUCAUCCAGUGGAAGCCAAUCGUCUAGCGAAUCCUCCAGUGAAAGCCAAGCAUCUAGCGGAUCAUCCAGUGGUAGCCAAUCGUCUAGCGGAUCCUCCAGUGGAAGCCAAUCGUCUAGUGGAUCAUCCAGUGGAAGCCAAGCGUCUAGCGGAUCAUCCAGUGGAAGCCAAUCGUCUAGCGAAUCCUCCAGUGAAAGCCAAUCAUCUAGCGGAUCCUCCAGUGAAAGCCAAUCAUCUAGCGGAUCCUCCAGUGGAAGCCAAUCGACUAUCGGAUCCUCCAGUGAAAGCCAAUCAUCUAGCGGAUCCUCCAGUGGAAGCCAAUUGUCUAACGGAUCAUCCAGUGGAAGCCAAGCAUCUAGCGGAUCUUCCAGUGGAAGCCAAUCGUCUAAUGGAUCCUCCAGUGGAAGCCAAUCGUCCAGCGGAUCAUCCAGUGGAAGCCAAGCGUCUAGCGGAUCCUCCAGUGAAAGCCAAUCGUCCAGCGGACUAUCCAAUGGAGGCCAAUCAUCAAGCGGAUCAUCCAGUGGAAGCCAAUCGUCAAGCGGAUCCUCCAGUGGAAGCCAAUCGUCCAGCGGAUUAUCCAGUAUAAGCCAAUCGAUUAGCGGAUCCUCCAAUGGAAGCCAAUCAUCUAGCGGAUCCUCCAGUGGAAGCCAAUCGUCCAGUGGACUAUCCAAUGGAGGCCAAUUAUCAAGCGGAUCCUCUAGUGGAAGCCAAUCGUCAAGCGGAUCCUCCAGUGGAAGCCAAUCGACUAGCGGAUCCUCCAGUGGAAGCCAAACGUCUAGCGGAUCAUCCAGUGGAAGUCAAGCGUCUAGCGGAUCAUCCAGUGGAAGCCAAUCGUCUAACGGAUCCUCCAGUGGAAGCCAAUCGUCUAGCGGAUCCUCCAGUGGAAGCCAAUCAUCUAACGGAUCCUCCAGUGGAAGCCAAUCGUCCAGCGGAUUAUCCAGUAUAAGCCAAUCGUCUAACGGAUCCUCCAGUGGAAGCCAAUCGUCUAGCGGAUCCUCCAGUGGAAGCCAAUCGUCCAGUGGACUAUCCAAUGGAGGCCAAUCAUCAAGCGGAUCCUCUAGUGGAAGCCAAUCGUCAAGCGGAUCCUCCAGUGGAAGCCAAUCGACUAGCGGAUCCUCCAGUGGAAGCCAAACGUCUAGCGGAUCAUCCAGUGGAAGUCAAACGUCUAGCGGAUCAUCCAGUGGAAGCCAAUCGUCUAACGGAUCCUCCAGUGGAAGCCAAUCGUCUAGCGGAUCCUCCAGUGGAAGCCAAUCAUCUAACGGAUCCUCCAGUGGAAGCCAAUCGUCUAGUGGAUCUUCCAGUGGAAGCCAAUCGUCUAACGGAUCCUCCAGUGGAAGCCAAUCGUCUAGCGGAUCCUCCAGUGGAAGCCAAUUGUCUAACGGAUCAUCCAGUGGAAGCCAAUCAUCUAGCGGAUCUUCCAGUGGAAGCCAAUCAUCUAACGAAUCCUCCAGUGGAAGCCAAUCGUCCAGCGGAUCAUCCAGUGGAAGUCAAUCGUCUAGCGGAUCCUCCAGUGGAAGCCAAUCAUCUAACGGAUCCUCCAGUGGAAGCCAAUCGUCUAGCGGAUCUUCCAGUGGAAGCCAAUCGUCUAACGGAUCCUCCAGUGGAAGCCAAUCGUCUAGCGGAUCCUCCAGUGGAAGCCAAUUGUCUAACGGAUCAUCCAGUGGAAGCCAAUCAUCUAGCGGAUCUUCCAGUGGAAGCCAAUCAUCUAACGAAUCCUCCAGUGGAAGCCAAUGGUCUAGCGGAUCCUCCAGUGAAAGCCAAUCAUCUAACGGAUCCUCCAGUGGAAGCCAAUUGUCUAACGGAUCAUCCAGUGGAAGCCAAUCAUCUAGCGGAUCUUCCAGUGGAAGCCAAUCAUCUAACGAAUCCUCCAGUGGAAGCCAAUCGUCCAGCGGAUCAUCCAGUGGAAGCCAAGCGUCUAGCGGAUCCUCCAGUGGAAGCCAAUCGUCUAGCGGAUCCUCCAGUGGAAGCCAAUUGUCUAACGGAUCAUCCAGUGGAAGCCAAUCAUCUAGCGGAUCUUCCAGUGGAAGCCAAUCGUCUAACGGAUCCUCCAGUGGAAGCCAAUCGUCCAGCGGAUCAUCCAGUGGAAGCCAAGCGUCCAGCGGACUAUCCAAUGGAGGCCAAUCAUCAAGCGGAUCAUCCAGUGGAAGCCAAUCGUUAAGCGGAUCCUCCAGUGGAAGCCAAUCGUCUAGCGGAUCCUCUAGUGGAAGCCAAUCAUCUAACGGAUCCUCCAGUGGAAGCCAAUCGUCUAGCGGAUCUUCCAGUGGAAGCCAAUCGUCUAACGGAUCCUCCAGUGGAAGCCAAUCGUCUAGCGGAUCCUCCAGUGGAAGCCAAUUGUCUAACGGAUCUUCCAGUGGAAGCCAAUCAUCUAGCGGAUCUUCCAGUGGAAGCCAAUCGUCUAACGGAUCCUCCAGUGGAAGCCAAUCGUCCAGCGGAUCAUCCAGUGGAAGCCAAUUGUCCAGCGGACUAUCCAAUGGAGGCCAAUCAUCAAGCGGAUCAUCCAGUGGAAGCCAAUCGUUAAGCGGAUCCUCCAGUGGAAGCCAAUCGUCUAGCGGAUUAUCCAGUAUAAGCCAAUCGUCUAACGGAUCCUCCAGUGGAAGCCAAUCGUCUAGCGGAUCCUCCAGUGGAAGCCAAUCGUCCAGUGGACUAUCCAAUGGAGGCCAAUCAUCAAGCGGAUCCUCUAGUGGAAGCCAAUCGUCAAGCGGAUCCUCCAGUGGAAGCCAAUCGUCUAACGGAUCCUCCAGUGGAAGCCAAUCGUCCAGCGGAUCCUCCAGUGGAAGCCAAUCGUCCAGCGGAUCCUCCAGUGGAAGCCAAUCAUCAAGCGGAUCCUCUAGUGGAAGCCAAUCAUCAAGCGGAUCCUCCAGUGGAAGCCAAUCGUCCAGCGGAUUAUCCAGUAUAAGCCAAUCGUCUAACGGAUCCUCCAGUGGAAGCCAAUCGUCUAGCGGAUCCUCCAGUGGAAGCCAAUCGUCCAGCGGACUAUCCAAUGGAGGCCAAUCAUCAAGCGGAUCCUCUAGUAUAAGCCAAUCGUCUAACGGAUCCUCCAGUGGAAGCCAAUCGUCUAGCGGAUCCUCCAGUGGAAGCCAAUCGUCUAGCGGAUCAUCCAGUGGAAGCCAAGCGUCUAGCGGAUCCUCCAGUGGAAGCCAAUCGUCCAGCGGACUAUCCAAUGGUGGCCAAUCAUCAAGCGGAUCCUCUAGUGGAACCCAAUCGUCAAGCGGAUCCUCCAGUGGAAGCCAAUCGUCCAGCGGAUCCUCCAGUGGAAGCCAAUCGUCUAGCGGAUCCUCCAGUGGAAACCAAUCGUCUAGCGGAUCCUCCAGUGGAAGCCAAGUGUCUAGCGGAUCAUUCAGUGGAAGCCAAGCGUCUAGCGGAUCCUCCAAUGGAAGCCAAUCGUCCAGCGGACUAUCCAAUGGAGGCCAAUCAUCAAGCGGAUCCUCUAGUGGAAGCCAAUCAUCAAGCGGAUCCUCUAGUGGAAGCCAAUCGUCAAGCGGAUCCUCCAGUGGAAACCAAUCGUCCAGCGGAUUAUCCAAUGGAGGACAAUCGUCCAGCGGAUUAUCCAAUGGAGGCCAAUCGUCCAGCGGAUUAUCCAAUGGAGGCCAAUCAUCAAGCGGAUCCUCGAGUGGAAGCCAAUCCUCUAGUGGCUUAUCUGGCAACAAUGGAUCGACAUCGUCAAAUUCCGGAUCAAGUUCCCAAUCUUCAAGCUCUUUAUUGCCUAACCAACCAGGACGCCCAAUAAUCGUUCAACCUGGCGGCCCAAUCCAACCUGUGUCUUGGUCUUCCAAUGGAUCCCAGAGCUCAUCGUCAUCACAGGCUUCAAGUGUGACUUCCGAACAACAAUCUUCUUCAUCAAGCGGAAUAAGUUCCCAGUCUUCCAGCUCUUCUAAUUCCAAUCAACCAGGUGGGCCAAUAAUUGUUCAACCUGGUGUCCCAAUACAACCUGUGACUGGUUCGAGCGAUUCCUUAAGUAGUUCUCAGAGCUCAUCCAAUUCACAGACGUCUGGCCAACAAUCAUUAUCAUCAAGUGGUUCCAACUCCCAAUCUUCAAGCUCUUCGUCAUCUAAUCAACCAAGACGCCCAAUAAUAGUACAACAAGAAGGUCCAAUUGUCCAACCAGAAGGUCCAAGUGGCCCAAUCCAAGCAGGUGGCCCGAUUCAACCAGGUGGCCCGAUUCAAGCAGGUGGCCCGAUUCAACCAGGUGGCCCGAUUCAACCAGGUGGCCUGAUUCAACCAGGUGGCCCGAUUCAACCAGGUGGCCUGAUUCAACCAGGUGGCCCGAUUCAACCAGGUGGCCCGAUUCAACCAGGUGGCCCGAUUCAACCAGGUGGCCCUAUUCAACCAGGUGGCCCAAUUCAACCAGGUGGCCCAAUUCAACCAGGUGGCUCAAUUCAACCAGGUGGCCCAAUUCAACCAGGUGGCCCAAUUCAACCAGGUGGCCCAAUUCAGCCAGGUGGCCCAAUCCAACCUUUAACCGGCUCUAGUGGUGCCCAGAGCUUAUCUUCCUCACAAACGAGUCAAUUGUCUGGUCAACAGUUGUCUUCAUCAAGCGGAUCAGAUUCCCAAUCCUCAAGUUACUCGACAUCUAAUCAAGGAAGGCCCAUUCAACCAAUAUACACUCGUCCAGAAUAUGCCACUUCGUCUUCUCAGUCGCAGAGUUCAAGCGAUGCCCAAAGCAACACCUACCUAUAUGGACAACCAGAACAACCUGGUUACCCAGGACCAGGGCAAUCAGGCUCAAGCUCAGGUUCUUCCUCACAAAGCCAAAGCAAUGCUCAGUCCAGCUCAACAGACGUCAUCGACAGACGAGGCCGUUACGAUCUGAACAAACCUAGAGGUAUUGAAACUGACAUGAACCUGAAUACACUAUUUAUCAACGACGGGACGAAGGAUGGAAGGUGUUAUUGCUCAUGUGGAGUCAACCGCCGCCCUAUCUUCUUGAGCGUCGAGCCCAACCAACUUGGACUUUAAAUUGAACCUUAUCUCGUAAAUAAUAAGGUCUAUUUUAUCCGAUAUUUUUUGUUUGGAAUACUUCCAUUAGAAAUUAACUUACACCAUUGUUAUAACAUUCAAAAUCAGGUAAUGGAUAUGAAGAAUUGAAUGUACUUACAAAUCGCUUGAAAAUUAGAAAAUUGCAGUAUCACAAUUUAUUAUAUGUAUUGCAUACAUAUGCACGUAUUUUCCAUAUUCGGCAAUAAAUAUAUUGCAUUAUAGUAUUAAUUACAAUAAAA